CCCGCCAGCUGACGGAGACCCCGCGAGCCCCGCCGCCGCCGCCGCCGCCAUGGCCGCCUACGAGUACGUGAGCGCCGAGCAGCUGGCCGGCUUCGACGAGUACAAGUACAGCGCCGUGGACAACAACCCCCUCUCCCUGUACAUUAUGCACCCGUUCUGGAACACUGUCGUUAAGAUUUUCCCUACCUGGCUGGCUCCAAACUUGAUAACGUUUAGUGGGUUCCUGCUGCUUGUCUUCAACUUCUUCCUCAUGGCAUACUUUGAUCCUGACUUUUAUGCAUCUGCACCUGACCAACAACACGUUCCGAACCAGGUGUGGGUCAUAGUGGGUCUCCUCAAUUUCAUGGCUUACACGCUAGAUGGCGUGGACGGGAAGCAGGCCCGCCGUACCCAGUCCAGCACCCCGCUGGGGGAGCUCUUUGACCACGGGCUGGACAGCUGGGCCUGCAUGUUCUUCGUGGUGACGGUGUACUCCACCUUUGGCCGGGGACCCAACGGCGUCAGCGUCUUCAUCCUCUACCUCCUGCUGUGGGUGGUCUUGUUCUCAUUCAUCCUGUCCCACUGGGAGAAGUAUAACACAGGCAUCCUCUUUCUGCCCUGGGGAUAUGACAUCAGCCAGGUGACCAUUUCAGUUGUGUACAUCGUGACCUCCAUCGUGGGAGUGGAAGCCUGGUACAAACCUUUCCUGUUCAACUUCUUUUAUAGAGACCUGUUCGUUGUCAUGAUUAUCGGUUGUGCCCUCACUGUGACCAUCCCCAUGAGCCUGCUGAAUUAUUACAAAGCCUACGCAAACAAAACCCUGAAGCACCACUCUUUCUACGAGGUGAUGCUGCCGUUCCUCUCGCCGGUGCUGCUUUUCGUCUUGUGCACCACCUGGAUCUUCCAGUCGCCCUCGGACAUCUUGGAGGCCCACCCUCGCCUCUUCUACUUCAUGGUUGGGACAGCCUUCGCCAACAUCUCCUGCCAGCUGAUCGUCUGCCAGAUGAGCAGCACCCGGUGUCAGCCUCUCAACUGGCUUCUCCUGCCCCUGGCCGUGGUCAUCCUGGUGGUGAUAUCGAACGUGCUGCCGGAGCACGAGACCUUCCUCCUCUACUUGGUCACCAGCUUCAUUACCCUGGCGCACAUCCAUUACGGAGUCAGCGUGGUGAGCCAACUGAGCAAACACUUCAACAUCCGCACCUUUCUGCUCCGAAAGCCCAGCUCCGAUUGACUAGACGUGGAGAAGACGUCGGCAGAGGAGAAAGUCAGCCUACGGUCUGCAGAGGCACUGUAAAUCCGGUCGCCUGUGUAAAUAUACUUCAGCCAUCACCAUGGAACUAGAUUUGACCCACUUCGGGGCAGUUAUGGGGCAGAGGACACGUGGGGCCUGGCAGCUGGGCGGCCCAUUCUUCCCCUGCCUCCUCCCCCCACUGCCAUCAUGCCAACUCUCCCACCGAUGUGCAGGCGGUUUAAGUCACACGGCGAGGACGUCACGGCCCCAAGCAUGCGCCAGGCCAGCAACGUGCCCAAGGAAACCUCCAGGCCGGGCAUGGGCAGUGCCCUCGGACACCAGUGGCUCUGGAGCUUACAGGACUGCCACGGAAGAGCCACGCGUUACACUGGAAAUGGAGCCUGCAAAGCGACCCCUGGCAACGGAAGGAGGAAACGGCAGCGGACUUCUCCGCAUCUGCAGUCGUGGGUUCAGUCAUGCUCAAGAGGCUUCUGGAAGGAAGGAAGAAAAGGAUCCACCGUUCGAAGGCGCUGAUGGUUUAACCGCGACUGUUCUCCCCACUUCCCUGGAGAACCAGGCAGCGGUGCCUCCUCCACAGGACGGAGUCGUGGCAAAUGGCCGGACUCUCACGCGUGCCCUCUCCGCGACGAUCGCGUGGGGGCGGGGAACACUUCCCCAAGAGUUGCUUGUCGGGCUUGAUCCGUGCGUGCAUGCCCCCUUUCAGAGCUGCGCUGCUUCCCUGUGGAGGAAUCAAUUCCAUUUUCUGUUGUGUAAAAAAAAAAAACCCACCCCAAACGCGAAGUGAUUUUGAUUCCCACGCCCCGUUUUAGUAGAUGCCUCUAAUCUCAGCGUGUGGCUCGUUCGUGUCCAUCCCCCAAUUGGAGCCGUGUUCAGCAAGCCUUAAUUCCAUUUCAGCCGCGUGGUGAUGGCGAAGAUUGAGCGCUGGUUAUUUUUUCCUCUUCCUUUGGUAGCUUUAUUCGGUGAAGAUUUUUUUUAUUAUUAUUUUUGUUUUUAUUAUUAUUAUUUGUCUCUGUGCUUGUAUGAAGAGUGCAGCCUAAACCCAACCCGCUUGGAAAGGCUGCACCUGGAAGAAACGGAGCACAGCAAAAGAUGGAUCUUGAUAUGGAAUUAACGGCAGGGGCAACAACGUCUUUCGUUUGUUAGAAGCGAGGGCAGGUGGUGCUCCUACUUGGCACCCUCCUCUUGUGGAUGACACAUUC